CUGCUUUGCCCUGAUUUGCCCAGCUGUGUUUCCCUUCUGUCUCCCAUUCACUGAUUGCUCCCUCUGUGUCAUCUCCCUGAGUUUCUCCCUCCGUAUCAACAGGCUUUAGGUCUGUUUUGUCAGUUCUCCCAGUAUAGGUAAUCCUUAGGUUCUGUUUAUACACUCUACUUUUCUGUUUGUACCAUCAUCCCACGCUGUGUGUUCCAUCCAUCUGCCUGCCAGUUUAGUUUCUGUAUUCCCAGUUCAGCCAGUUUUUUGUUUUUGUCAUGUGGUAAUAAAUCUUUGUUUUGAGUCUGCACUUUUGGAUCCAUCAUUACUCCUAUCCUGCUGGAUUUGGUGGAUCAGACCCCCACUAUCUGAAGAACAAUGAUCGAUCUUCAUUCACUGAAAGACAGAAUUGAGCUUCAUCACAGCCACAAUUCUCCGACUUACAGUUAUGUUUUACGUGUAUCUGUAUGUGUCUCUUUUUUGUAUUUGUGUUUAAAAUUGUUUCUUUUUCACCUCAUGUUGGUUUGAGGAUUAAAAAACUGUAUAGAUAGCAUUAUUGAUCUUAGUCAAUAUGUGUAAUGCACCUCCAUAUAAAUUAGAUUUAUUAAGAGUCACCCUGCCAGGAUAAAUACAGACUGAACCAUUAAAUUUAAAUAUUGACCUGUGGCUCUCCUCAGGUGUCUGCAUUCUCCACCUGGGAGAAGGAGCUUCAUAAGAUGGUAUUUGACCCUCGAUACCUGCUGCUGACUUCAGAUCAGAGGAAACAGGUGUUUGAUCAGUUUGUGAAGAGCAGGAUGAAGGAUGAGUACAAAGAGAAGAAGAGUAAAUUGCAGAAAGCCAGAGAAGAGUUCAAACAGCUGCUGGAGGAAGCAAAGAUCACCAGCAGAACAACUUUUAAGGAAUUUUGUGUUCGUUAUCGGGAUGACCAGCGAUUCAGCACUCUCACCAGGAAGAAGGAACAGGAAGUACUCUUUAGCCAUUACAUCACAGCCUUAAAGAAACGAGAGAAAGAGAACAGAACCAGACUGAGGAAGAUGAGAUGAGAACAUGUCUGAGAAAGAACCUUACAGAACCAUCUACAACAUUUAUAGAACCCUUUUAGGUCCUUCCAAAUCUUCAGAAAACCUGCCGGGAACUCCUGUCUCACUGCACUCAUGCCUCCCGAUUCCUGGAUUUAGACUCAUGUUUUGUUUAACAAAGUGAACUGGGACUAUCAAACUGUCUGUGGUUUUGUUGGACAAACCUGAAUGGGACCAGAACCAUCAUUCUCAGUAGAUUCUCAUGGUUCUAGACUUUGUAAAUUGUCAGGUGAGUAUGAACCUGAACCAACAUUAGACCAUUUUCUAGGGUGAACUGCACUUCGUCAUCUGGAUCUGCUGGACUGGAUCUAAUUCAUAGUCUCAUUCAUAACUGACAGAAACGAAAACCAGAGCACAAAAACAAAUGUUCAUGUGUCUGACUGUUUCUUUGUCCUGUAAAGACUAUUCAUUCAAACUUUAUCAACACCGCAGCUUCCUAGACUUAAAAAUGGACCUAAUAACAGAUUAAAAACAAUAACAAGUAGAAAAAAGACCAUAAACAAAGAGAUUAGUGAGUAAACACAUUUUAAACUCUGAGGGCAGAUAACUGUGUAAAGACAAAUACUGAACUAAUCUACAGACAAACUCAGAAAAGCCAAACUUCAUUUGUGUAAUCUGAGAAACAAACAAAAAACCCCAAAAAGGAAUGAAUACACGAGCUCUUUAGAGGCUCUCCCUCCUCUGUAAAGGUAAGCAUGAAUGCAAAAACAAAGAGAAUAGAGAGCCACAAUCCUCUGACCUUUCAUAUGCAAAGGGAAAAAGGUGGGACAGAUAUGAUAACAUCAAGCUUGCAAAUAUCAGCGAGUUUAGUCAGGUGCUGAUAAUGCUGGGCUUACACUGUGCGAUUUUUUUUGGCUUGUUUUGGUCAUCAGCCCGAGUUUCGCCUUCAUCGUGUGUCGUGUAGUAUACGUGGGGUAACGAGAAGCGAUUAACACCUCACGACCAGCUCCCGAUCAUCAAUCGCUCGGUCGUAAGAAAAUCAAACCUGUUUGAAAUCCCGUCGGCCGUCGAGAGGGCGUCACCGCAGCCUCUCACGCUGCGCACGCGCAAACACAGAAAUGAAAGUGAAAAGAAGCAGCACGGCAGUGCAGCGUGUGAUCUGGACACAAGCGAUGGAGGCACAACUUGUAAAACUUUGGCUCAUCCGAGCCUUUUCCAUGUGGCCUCACAGAAUUAUCACGACCACAACAACCGUGGAAAUAGUUGGAUCUACAUGCUGCUCAGUCACAGCUGAUCAUGUUUUUCAUUAGCAGUUUAGCAAAGAUGAUGGUGGUGGUGUGUCUGUGUGAGUGAAAGACAGAGAGCGAGAGACAGGUUUUCUGUUAUAA